AUGGGAAAUCUUCUGAUAAAUCUUCUGAAAAAUCUUCUGACAAUUCCAGAUUUUAAAGGCAAACGAGAAUUAAUUCACGAGAUGUUUACAAAGUUUCUUCUUAAGCCUAAUGCCAGAGUCGACGCUCACGCCCACCUAAGCAACAAAGAAGGCCAUCAGUAUCAAACAGACAUACGCAAUUGGAUCAAACCCGAGACGGCUUUCACAGAUGCAAAAAAUAAGAAAGAUUUAAACAUAUUGGCUGAAGACGACAAUUUGUUUAUCAUUGGGAACAAAUCCUCUUUCUCCGAGGGCCAGUAUCCCGAUGAACCAGGUCGAGCCGGAAUGUCUAUGGUACACAUUCUCAUAAUCACUAAAGCGAAUUAUUUCAACGCCGUGUCAUUAAGAUCCGAGGACGCACACAUUAUCGACGAUAUGAAAGAGUUGUUUCGUUCUUCUUGGGCGCAACCUCAGUUCCGCGAAGCUGUCCUGCAACACCAACGCAACGCCAUCGAAAACCGAGGGAGAGAAACACCAGAAGGUCUCGAACAAGCGAGGAAGCAAGUACAAAAGCUUGAAAAUAUCAUACACAAACUUAGAUUCAAGCAUUUCACUUUCGGAUUUCACCUAUGGCCCCAUAAUAGUGUUGGACAUUUGCACAUGCAUGUCAUUGCCAUGCCAAAAAAGUGUCGUCGUUACAGUACCAAAGUGCACGACGAAAAGACGAUGGAUGUACAAGAAGUUCGCGACGAAAUCGUUAGUCGACACUAA